AUGACACUCUUUUCAUCGAUCUCAUCAUUGUCAAGUUCAAUGACAAGUUCAAGAUCUAUUUUCGCUUCAUUUGGUAGUGGAACAAUUAUGGGUUCAAAUUCUAUUUCAUGUACUGUCGGUAGUGGUAGUUGUGGUAGUGGUAGUGGAGGUUGUGGUGAUUUAACUGGUGGAGCUAAAUCAAGUGGUGGUAGUUGUGGAGGAAAAGGUGGAUCACACAAUCAUGGCCAUGGUCAUGGACCACAUGGUCAAGGUGGUAAAGGUUCAGGAGGUUCAUGUAGUUGUUAA